GACUGGGUCUCCACUAUUGUUCGAGACGGCCGGUUUGUCUGCCGUGUGUGUGCGCGGUGYAUAUUCCCGUAACGAGCGACCGAGUGUUUAUUAUUUUUCUGUGUAAUUCUCUCGUUUGUGUAUGAUAAUAUAUUCUGUGUGUGUGCGCGCGCGUGUGUGUUUGAAUAAAAAUAUCACCAUCGGCCAUCGCAGACGGGGGUUCGUAUUUGGUCUGUUUUCGAAAAUGUGGUAAAAAUCUCGACGGUCGAUCACGUAUUCGAGACCGGAAUCGUCGCCCAAUAUUUUUCAUAUCUUUCGUCGGAACACACGAUUAUUGUGUAGUGUGAUAUUUUCGUCACACUGUGGCCYAGCUGACACCUUSGAGUCAAACGCCGACUAAACGCAACUGAACGAACAUGCCUUGUUCCGCAGUCACUCUUUCGUUGGCCACCAUCACGGCCAUCGUGGCCACGGCUUUACUGGCCAUCGCUUUUUCCACCGACAAUUGGGUGUACUACGAAGUCAGAAGGAAUCAAAUACAAAAUGCCGUUAGCCAGCGUAGUCAAACUUCAGUACUCGAACAAAUGAAUAAAUAUUUCUAUUUUACAAGAACGAAGGGUCUUUUUAGAAUAUGCUAUCCCAAGGACAGGCCUCCAGCAGUUGAAACCUAUUUGAGUCCCGUCGAAACACAUUGUAUGAAUGUCGACUAUUUCUUUUUGGACCCGGAAAAUCAGACACAUGAGUUCUCUGAAGACGCCAUGACCAGAUUACACAUGGGAAGAUCAACUAUCGCCUUAUUCAUUGUCAGCUUUUUCGUAAUGUUCAUCGCUUUUUGGACCGGAGUCGCGGGUUGCUGGAGAAGAUCGCCCGGAAAUAUCACGGCCACUGCAAUUUUAGUGCUAUUGGCAUGCCUACUUAGCGCUGGCGCUAUGGGAUUCUGGCACGGUGUGGAAUACUACGAAAAAGAACGUGUAGUAGGAGAAGAGUUUUACCAGCAGUGGAAUAACAUUCUUAAGGACAACACUCGUAUAUCUUAUGAUUGGUCGUUCUUCAUGGCGUGGACUGGCGUUGCAUUUUCUUUGGUGUCUGCUAUACUGUUUUCCGGCGCUGCAAUCUGUCUACGUGGCGAACGCGAAAGAGAAGAGGCUCUCAACAUGCAAUACUUAAUGCCUGUAUAUCCACAAAAACAACAAUAUGCUUAUGCUGGAUACCCAGCACCAAAUUCAUAUCCAUCGGGACCCUACUACCAUGGACAACAACAACAACCACAAUACGCCGGCCACUACAAUUACUAGGCAAAGCGUUGUAUAAGCUGGACCAGUCAGUUUAAAUUAUACAUUUUUUUGUCCAGCUAAUAUAUUAUAUAUUUUCGAUGAAAACCGUAAAUGUAUGGUUAUAUAUACGUUUUCUUUGUAAAAUUGGCUGGACAUUAUAAAUACUAUUGUUUUACGACCGCACAUUUCAAUGAGAUUUCCUAUGAAUACUCAAAAUUUGUGUGAUUUUAAAACAAUAAUUCGUAACUAAYUUAUAAAUACGUUUUUAUAAGCUCAUAUAUUAUUAUACUUGACAGAA